AUUGUAGUUAUUGAAUAAUAAAAAAAAUGGCUGUAGCGAUAAACAGCAGGACAAAAAUGAAGUAUUUAAUUUAAAUUUUAAAUUAAACUAACUAUAACAAAAAUGCCAAAUGCCGCUUGAUAAGGAAAAAGCUUUGGCUUUUUGAGUGAUAUUUUAACACCCAAAAUGUUCAAAUUAAAAUAAAGGAAAAUCUUAGUCAAUAUUGUGCAUUGAAUCUGGUGUCUGAAAACGGCGAAAAUAAUGAUGGAUUCGCAAUUUGUACAAACAUUAGCGAAUGCAAUAAGCACUGCAACUGUUCUAUCAUGUUUAUUUUUAAAAGUGCCUCAAAUAAUGAACCUAAGAAAGAAAAGAUCUGCUGAAGGUAUAUACAUACAAGCAAUGUUGAUGGAGAUUACUGGAUUUACAAUAGUCACAUUGUACAAUUAUACUAAUCAGUAUGGUGUUAUGACUUAUCUGGAAUAUCCAAUCAUACUGCUGCAAGUGUAUGUCCUGUUGUAUUAUGUGUUAAAGUUUAAACGACUUUUGUCUGCACCAAUUGUGUCUAUAAUAACACUACUGUAUGUGGCUACUAUUAUUGGAUUUGCAUUAGGGGUGCUACCCAAAGAGGUUUUGUCAUACUUAGUGCCUUUCUGCACUCCAUUAAGUGGAUCAGCUAAAGUUACAUACAUAUAUGGAAUUAUUAAAGCGCAAAAUGCUGAUGCUGUGUCUCGAACUACUUGGAUUAUAUCUAUGUUAACAAAUAUUGCACGCCUGUUCACUGUCUACGUUGACUCAGCAGAUACCAAACUGAUGAUCAAUUUCUUUAUAUCAACAUUUCUAAGUGCUUGUGUAUUAAGCACAACUAUUUAUUAUCAAACAUACUAUAAAUAUAAGAAGCCUGGACAAAAUGGAAGAUCUGACCCAUGCCGUCAUUGCCAUGAAGAUUGAUUCCAUACAAAGUAUGUUGAUUUUACAAAAUAUUUUAUGGACGUUAUGGCUCCAAUACACAAUGGUCUGAUGCAAUCGGCGAGCUUGUUAACGCUGCUUGCAAAUGGGUUCAAUAUAGUGUGUUGCUUGUAGAAAAUCCCAUGAGUCUGCAAGCCAGCAAACAUUAGCUGCAAAAAAGCAAAUACACAUAUGCCAAUUUGACCUAUACGCCGAAUGUUUAGGGCUAAUGUGUAUUAGGUUAUUUAUGAAUGACAAGUUUUAGAUUGCUAAAUAUUUUUGUCAGCUGAUUGUAAUAAGAUUAGCAGACUUGCCUAUAAUAUAUUGUGCCAAUAAUAGGAUGUUUCGAUGUUCAAAUUUUCAUAAUUUUAAGUAGAUAAGUACCUAGUUAAUAAUUUUAUUAUGAGUCACAAUAUAAAAUAUAACAUUUUAUAGCUAAAGUAGGUAAUAAGAUAUAUUUUAAUAUUUU